GGAUAUCGAGUUUCUCUACAAAAGGCACAGCUGGUACAAGAAAAGGUGAUAUACCUGGGAUAUGAAAUCUCCAGAGGACAACGAUCUCUAGGCACAGCAAGAAAAGAAGCCAUCUGUCAGAUGCCCAGACCAGAAACGGUAAGAGAUCUACGGGCCUUUCUGGGAAUGACAGGUUGGUGCCGAUUAUGGAUUUAUCAAUAUGGAAUACUUGCCAAACCACUAUAUGACUUACUAAAGGAGACUACGAGUACCUUAACCUGGACUCCCGAGGCAGAAGGAGCUUUUAAAAGACUGAAAUAAGAACUCAUGAAAGCCCCAGCCUUGGGUCUUCCAGAUGUAACUAAGCCGUUUUGGUUAUUCUCCCAUGAGUGGCAGGGGAUGGCUCUGGGAGUUCUAGCACAGCAGUUGGGACCACAUAAGAGAGCUGUAGCUUAUUUCUCCAAACAAUUGGAUGAAGUAAGCAAAGGCUGGCCUGGAUGUUUAAAAGCAGUGGCCGCAGUGAUCAUAAACAUAGAAGAGGCCAGAAAGCUUACGCUAGGCCAGAAAAUGACUGUGUUAGUCUCUCAUACUGUCUCAGCAGUGCUGGAACAAAAGGGUAACCAUUGGUUAUCGCCUUCAAGAUUCCUAAAAUAUCAAGCCAUCCUAGCUGAAUCAGAUGAUGUAACCAUUCAAGUAACUAACAUUGUCAACCCAGCUUCGUUUCUAGAAGGAAGAAUUCCGGCAGAACCUCUCGAACAUGAUUGCCUGGAAACGAUCGAGGCAGUCUAUUCCAGUCGUCCAGACCUCAAGGAGGAACCAUUUGAAGAUGCGGACAACUGGUUCUCGGACGGCAGCAGCUUCGUGAAGCAAGGAGUAAGAAUGGCAGGCUAUGCAGUGACCACAACAGAAGAGGUAAUUGAAUCAAAUCCCCUACCUGCAGGGACUUCGGCCCAGAAGGCAGAACUAAUUGCUCUUACCCGAGCCCUGGAAUUAGCAGAAGGUAUGCGAAUUAACAUUUGGACUGAUUCUAAAUAUGCUUUCUCUGUCGUACAUGCUCAUGGAGCAAUUUGGAAAGAAAAGGGGACUAUUAACUGCCCAGGGGAAAACAAUCAAACAUGCAGAAGAAAUUCUAAGGUUGUUAGAAGCGGUCCAACUCCCAGAGCAGGUGGCCAUAAUGCAUUGUAAGGGACACCUGAAAGGUAACACAGUUCCAGAAAUAGGGAAUAGGAAGGCAGAUGCAGAAG